AUGGAAGGAAUCACCCGUAUAGGUCCAGAACCAUUCAGCCACGACCCCCAACUACAUGAAAUGGAAGAAGCCAUUGGUUCGAUGAAGAACAACAAAGCGCCUGGAGAAGAUGCAAUCACGGCAGAAAUGAUCAAAACUGGUGGCCCUGCGCUCCUCAGCGCAUUACAUAGUUUGAUAGUGCAAAUCUGGAGAGAAGAAGAAAUGCCUGAAGACUGGCACACGGCGAACAAAAGAGCUCUGGAAGAAGGUUUCAACCAACUGGAAAUUGGCUCUCAGAAUACAGGACUCACCAUAAAUGCAAACAAGACAAAAUACAUGUUCAACAGCAGGAUAGAUGGUCAAGAAAACGAAAGGCAACUAGUGAUGGGCAAUAGUAUCUUUGAAAGAGUUGACGAAUUCAAGUACUUAGGUGCUAUGAUAACACAUAGAAAUGAAGUGCAGAAUCAUUUGUCUCCAAAACCAAAUCCUCUUACAGAACGUUAUCGUUUUAAGGAGAGGAAACAGGAUGUUCAUAAAUCAAUUGCAGCUUAUGUAGUGGCAUUGAAAAAAAUAUCAUCAACUUGUGACUUUGGGGCAAACUUGGACAACUCUCUCCGUGAUCAGUUUGUUUGGGGAAUUCAUGACAAAAAUAUCAAGAAGAAAUUAUUGACUGAAAAUGAUUUAACUUUUGCAAAAGCAGUUGAAUUUUCUACAUCAAUGGAAAUGACCAAUCAUGAUGUGAUGCAGUAUGGUGCCCAGCAGCCUACAACUUCAGCAACAAGUGAGGUGCAGUAUGUCAACAAACAUUCCACUUCUGAGGGGGGCGGUUGGCAAAAGAAUAAAAAUAAGGUGAAAUGUUUUUUUUGUGGAUUAAAUGGCCAUUUUAAAAGUCAAUGCUAUCAUAAGGACAAGACAUGUAGACGAUGUAAUAAGGUGGGCCAUUUAGAAAAGGUAUGUAAGAAUGAUAACUCAGGUAAGGAAAAAUCUGUUAAAUACAUAAAGGGUUCUAAUUUUAAUUUAUUUGCUUUGUACAAUGAACUGAUUGAGUUCCAAGUAGACACAGGUUCUGCACUCACAGUCAUUUCCAAAUCUGAUUAUUCAAAAUUUAAGAUUAGUAGAGAGCUUUUACCAACAGACCUGUCUUGUAGAGGUUACACAGGCUCCCUCUCCUCCUAA